CCGCGAAGUAUUUUCUUGCUCGAAUCCACCCAUCCAUCCAUCUAUUCUCUUUAUUCAUCCAUCAUCUACCGUUGCAAUAAUCUAUAAUGGUCAAGGCUACUACUACCCAAAAGCGUUCCACUCUUUCUGACGUUAUCACUCGCGAAUACACUAUCCAUCUUCACAAGCUCGUUUUUGGCAAAUCGUUCAAGAAGCGUGCUCCCGCUGCCAUCAAGGGUAUUAAAGCUUUUGCUCAAAAGGCCAUGGGCACUGAAGAUGUUCGUAUCGAUACUGCCCUCAACAAGGCUUUGUGGGCUCGUGGUGUUCGCAACGUUCCCCAUCGCAUCCGUGUCCGCAUUUCCCGCAAGCGAAACGAUGAGGAAGAUGCUAAGCACAAGCUUUACUCGUACGUGACAUAUGUGCCCACCGCCAACUUCAAGGGUUUGGAAACUGUUGUCGUUGAUGACGAGUAGAUUAUUUUUUUUUUAUCUUUAUUCAAAUCUUCAUGCCUUCAAAAUAAACAUCUUUCAUU